AUGGAGCUCAUCACCUACGGUUGUGUCGUAGAAGCUGCAGCUGGCCUUUCCGUGUCCAGUGUGUCAAUCGCCGACUGCUUCAACAUCUCCCCCGAUGACAUUAUCUUCUGCACAAUAAACACUUUCAAGAUAGACAUGGAUAAGCUCUUCGCAGGCACUUUGGAAUACUCGGAUAUGUUAUUCGCUCACGUAAAAGGCCAAGCUGUCGAAGUGGAAAUCACCAAAUCUGAAGCACUCUUUGGCCUUACUGUAAGUGACAAUGGCCGUUGCCGCUCGUUUAUCAAACGUAUGAAAGACGAUAGCAUUGCAUCUCGUGCUCGUCCAGCUCUUGCCAUUGGUCAGUUAAUUGAAAAAAUUGAUGGAGUCAAUGUGACUGGAAUGCGACACUAUGAAGUAGUGCGCAUACUCAGAAAUAUGCCGAUAGGGAAAACAUUCACCCUGCGUGUAGUUUCCCCGAAGCAGUCCGGUUUCCAACAAAUUGGUCCGCGUUCGCUGACCACGCACAAGCAGUCCAUCAACGAUGGGAUGCGUACGCUUCGAUUCAAGGCUAAUGGUGGUGUUGUGAUCGAAGAGAAAGCUGUCGACAAAGCGAUGAUUGGCCGUCUCAAUGAUAUACUCGAUUCGUACCUCGGUGUGCAGGAUGACCAGAUGGCUCAAUCUCUGUGGGAUCUGGCUAUGUCGUGUGAAACACUUCCACAGAUGAACAAAGCUGUCCGAGAGUCCGAAUUGUCCGUCUUCGAAUUCCCUGAAGAACUCGUUUUCGAUAUGUGGGGCGUUGUCGGUGACUGGCGACGAAGCCAAGCCACGAAGAAGCUGAAGAAGCCAAAAGAUGAUAUCGACCUCCUCGAAGAUAACGAAGAGCAACCUCUGCUUCCGCUAUUCUGA